AUGGAGCAAUCUCCCUACACUAUUCCUCAACCAAGAGAUGAACCUGAGUUCAAUUUAAGAGAAUGGGCAUUCAAGGCUCAAAUCAGCCGUGAAAACACGAGAUCAAGGAGGUUUUCAGGAUCAAAUAUCAGAAGUUUUAGAGAAGAUGCAAGGUCUUUUAGAUCAAACAUUACCAUUUCUAGCACUGCCUCGUCUCCUGGCUACUCCUUAAGAGGUGAAGAGAUUGACCCUGCAACAUACUCAUUUACCACAGCUCUUAAAGCAUUGCAGGCAAGGUCAGGAUAUUAUAACAAUUGGGAAUGCUUAUCACCAGAUGGAUUUGCUUUAAAUUCCAAGUGGAAUGAAGCAGAGAAGUAUAUAUGUAAUCCACUUUCAGGAGAGGUUCCAAUGGAGUGUUUAUCAGCUAAAACACUGAGUGGAAGAUCAUUUCGGAACAUAACAAACAGAAUUACAAUGUCUGCACCUCUUGUUUACUCUAAUCAUUCGCGGCAAAUCCAUCCAAAGACUACUACUUCUAUUGCUACACAUGAUGUUAUUGUCAACCAUUUUCCAAUUAAAGAAAAUAAAAUGGAGGGCUUGAUGAGCAGUACUAGAGAUGUUGGGACUCAAAGCACUCCACCUGACCUUAGUUCAUCAUCAAGUAGUGCUAGUCCAGCUUCAACUCCUUCGAUUAUAGAGAAAAAGAGAUGUGAAAUAGAAGGUGGAGAUUCACCUAAUUGCCAUUCAAAGUUGAAGGCUGAAGAACAGAAUUUUGAUCCUUUUGUAUGA